CGUUUUUGAUAAAGUGGACAGAAUAGAAUAGGAAUGAUAAUACUGUCAUUAAUUUGAGGAUUGCUAUAAAUUAGUAGACAUGAUUAGUGAUAGCUGUAGUGUAGUGUGGAGCUUCCGAAAAGAUGCGGACAGUGUUAGUGCUAGCAGCAGUUUUGGCCGCGGUGACGGCGUUGCCGACUGAAAUACCGGAGCCUGGUCAGCUGGCUCUGGUUCUCGGCGAAGAAGACUUUGAAGAUUAUCUCGAUGCUUGGCUAGAGCUUGAACAAUCCAAGUCCGCCAAUGCAUCGAUUGAGGCCGCCCCCCGCAGUGGCUGCACAUUCAGAGUGAAUGGAGAUCUUGGACAGCCUCAACCGGUGUAUCUCCGAGGCAACAGAUACUUGGCUGCCAAUGGCAACUCUGGACAAAUCCGUCUCAACACUGGUGAACAAGUUGUGAUUGCUUGUACUGGGUCUGGAAGAUCUAUUCGUCAUCCUAAUAUUGCGGCUACACGAGAUGUUGCUACAGCGACCUGUGUAAGUAACAAUCUAGUAUCAGGUGCUGGAUGGCUGAAUGGAAAUGGAGCAUUUGGUCAGCUGACUUGCUCUGCACACGCUCACCAUGAAGCCCAAGGGACUUCCACUCGAUGCUGGAAUAACAAUAUGGUUAUUCGUGUGGGUUUCAUCGUUAACAAUGUUUUCCACCCCCUUUAUUGGUCUUGCUUCAACCAAAACCGCAUGGAAGUUUUGUACGUCUGGUACGACCAAACCCCUGCGAAUGCUGUCCAUCAAUCAGGCGUCGACAGACCUAGUUGGUUAGCUGGAAGCUUUUUCCCCGGUGUUGCUGUCAAUACUAUGUACACGCAAGCCAACCAGAAGACAGUUGUAACUCGUUAUGUUGGAGCUACUUUGGCUGACAGAUACAUCACCAGCCACCAGUUUAUGGCUCGUGGUCAUCUUGCUGCUAAGAGUGACUACGUCUUCGCUACUGGUCAAAGAGCUACUUUCUACUUCAUCAACGCUGCUCCUCAGUGGCAGCCAUUCAAUGCUGGUAACUGGAACUGGCUGGAGCAGAACCUCCGCGCUCGUAUUGGAGCUGCCGGCUACAACACCGUUAUCUACACUGGAACUUUCGGCGUGACCCAGCUGCGUGACCAGAACAACCGCUUUGUCGACAUCUACUUGGUACCUGAACGCAACCAGAUCCCUGUACCACUUUACUUCUAUAAGGUGGUGUACGACUCGUCUCGGCGCAUCGGAACAGCAUUCGUGAGCAUUAACAACCCUUACUACACGUUGGCGGAGUGUCGCGCUCGUCAGUUCUGCACGGACCGCUGCCGCAACAACAGUGCGUUCAACUGGCUCCGUUGGCAGCCUGACCGCAUCGAUCUCGGCUACAGUUUCUGCUGCACUGUCGACGACUUCAGAAGGACUAUUCCUCAUCUGCCCUCUUUCACCACCAAUGGACUCCUCUCAUAAUCUAGUCUUACCUUAAUAUUAUAUUAUAUAUUAUACUUUUGAUAUAAAUGAACUUGACAAAUAAAAAUCAAAAUGAAAUAAAAAGCUUAUAAUAGAAAUAAUUGUAAUAAUAGAAUAAGCUUAUAAUAUACAUAGUGAAUUUAAU